AGUGUGCACAUCUGGGCAGCUGGUGGGAGCAUGAACGGCUCACAGGUGGGAGCUGCAGCCAAGGCUGCCUGGCUGAGCUGCUGCAACCAGUCCGGGCUGCCACUCGGACCCCCAGAGGGGCCACGCAUGGUGCAGGCAGUCGUGCUGGGCGUCCUGUCACUUUUGGUGCUCUGUGGGAUCCUGUUCCUGGGUGGUGGACUCCUCCUCCGCGCUCAGGGCCUGAUAGCCCUGCUGGCCCGAGAAAGGCAUUCAACCCCCGAGGCUGAGCCUGGUGCCUGUGGAGGGGAUGACGACUCCUAGGUGUCAGCUGCUCUUGAGAUUCAGCCUGUUCUGUGCCACGCCAUCCAGAGUUCAUUUCUGUGAGGCACAGCGGAAGGUCCAACCCACAAGCUCUUAUUUCCCGCACAGGUGCUGGACAUCUCCCCUCGCCUGCCGCCCACCCGCACCCUAUUUGUGCUUGUGGUGAUGGACUGAAGACACCGGACCGGUGACUCCUCAUCCUGGGACUCUGUUAUUCGGCUGUCUCCGAGCUGCUCCCGACACUCCUGGGGUGGGCGCAGGAGACUCCCGCUCAGAACAAGAACAAGUGAGUCUGCUUGGUGACUGCCCUGUGCCAUGGGCACUGGCUUUACACCCCAACGGCGUGCACACGAGUGUGCCCUCUGCACACCAAGCUCUGUGGACACGAGUGCAGCUCCUGUCUUGCCUGAUGCGGUAUCUGACAACCCAGUGCCCUAUCGCUGUCGAGAACCUGGAACUGUUUCCCAUCUGGAGAGUGUGUCAGCCAUCCAGCAACAGUUCCAGCAUCGCUUCCCACGGCUUUGCCAUUAAAUAGGCCAGGAACGCAGUUCUGAGUGUGUGGUCUGUUUCCAGCCCUUGACCCUUGGGAUUCUUGGUUUCCUUCCUCAUCUCCCCUCAAUUUGGCCUGCUUCUAGUAGAUUUUUUUUUUUUAAGAAAGGGUUUACAAGGAGCUGGAGAGGUGGCUGGGUAGUUACGAACACUGACUGUUCUUCCAGAGGUUCUGAGUUUGAUUCCUAGUAGCCACAUGGUGGCUCACAACCAUCUGUAAUGGGAGCCAAUGCCCUCUUCUGGUGCGUCUGAAGACAGCUAUGGUAUACUCAUAUACAUUAAAUAAAUAAUAUUAAAAAAAAAGAAAGGGUUUACAAUAGCCCAAGCUGACCUGAAACUAGUUGUGUUCUCUAAGAUGGACCUGAGAUCACGGCAAUCCUCCUGCUUCAGCCUCUCAGGGAUUAUAGUCAGGCCCGCCAAAGCUAGUUUAGAAUGGAGGGUAGAUGUGAUGCCCACUGGGAGUGAUUCCCACUGGUCAAUGUGACCAAGAGCUUGGCUUUAUUCAACCACAGCUUUGUAUGUGUAUGUGUAUGUGUAUGUGUAUGUGUAUGUGUAUGUGUAUGUGUAUGUGUAUGUGUAUGCGUGUGUGCACAUGUGUGUGAGUCUGUGUGGUGUGCACACAUGUGUGUGAAUGUGUGUGUGUAUAUGUGUGUGCAUGUGUGUGAAUGUGUGAGUGUGUGUAUGUGUGUGCGUGUGCACACGCAUGCACGUGUGUGUGCAUGUGUGUGUGAGUGUGUAUGUGUGAGUGAGUGUGUGUAUAUGUAUGCGUGUGUGUGAAUGUAUGUGUGUAUGUGUGAGUGAGUGUGUGUAUAUGUAUGCGUGUGUGUGAAUGUAUGUAUGUGUGUAUGUAUGUGUGUGCAUGUGUAUGCAUGUGUAUGUGUGUGUGUGUGUAGUUACUUCUCUGAGAGUGGGUUUUGUAAACCUUGCCCUCAUCUUUGAAAUAGAAGUGACACCAUCAGUGUGAGUGUGGACCCAGUGGGUAAUGUGUUUGCCCAUCACUAUAUAAGGUUUUGUAUACUAUAAUUACUAAGGGACACUGUUUCCCCAAGCCUGGCUCUGUUAAUUAUUGUUCUAUUGCGAUAAAGCAUCAUGACCAAGGCAACUU